UUCUGUCUUAGUGUUGUCACAAGACUUCAAAUAUUUCAAAUAAAGCACACAAAUACAGUUUAACAGUGGACCUACCAGUAGAUGUAGGGACUGCUGGAGAAUUCACCUGUUUCUAGUUUUAAGGACGAUAAUUAGCAGCUAAUUAGUGAUCUUUAAAAUUUAAUUUUCAGUUAGUUAAUUAUGUUAAAGCUAUCUGUUAGUUGAUAGAUACAUGUAUAUUUAACUUGAAACUGUGACCUGUAUGUGUUACGAAAGGUCAUUAUUAAAUAACAGACAAGUAGUAUAUAUGUUGUGUUUUGUUGUGAACAGUUAACCAUACACGUACUUCUAGAUGCCAUUUAAAGAAAUGUAUUUUGUAUACUAAAUUACGACCAUAAUGAAAGGAUUUUGUGUUACAAGAACAUCAUUGUAUAUUUUUGUGGUACAUGUAUCACCUAGUGAAAUCUGCAAUAACUUGUGUUGGCUAUGAAUGAUGCAUGUAUGUUACUAGUUGGGUUCCUGCUGUUUCAAUAAUUGCCUCUGAUGUAAACUGUCUUAAAGGAUGUACUCAUAGGAAAUGGAUUGUGUAGUUUCUAUGUACGGAUACGGAAAUGUACACUGUAUCAGUAUUUCAGUUUGUUUCAAAUGGAAUUAUUGUUGUGUUGUAUAGAUUGACCAUAUUUCAUAAAUUGGUGCCAGUAAUUAAUUUAUAAAUAUUGUAGAACAAUUAAAACGAUUUUAAAGUUUAAGAAAGUGUGUUAAAGUGCCUUUAAUAUAAUAUUCUGGACACGAAUAUGCAUCAUGAAGAUGAGCGUGCGAGAGCCAGUACUAUAACUCCAGGUGCUAAGACUGCCCAGACUACCUACAGUCAUGGCCCACGUUUACUACCAACAGUGUUUAAAUGGGAAGGUGGGGGAAAAGAUGUGUAUAUCUGUGGUAGUUUCAAUAAUUGGAAGUCAAAAAUACCCCUAGUAAAAAGUCAGGGUGAUUUUUAUACUAUAGUAGAUUUACCUGAAGGUGAACAUGAAUAUAAAUUUUAUAUAGAUGGUAAUUGGGUGAAAGAUCCUAGUGAGCCAACAAAAAGUAAUCAAUUAGGUACUGAAAAUAAUAUUGUACGAGUUAGAAAUACAGAUUUUGAAGUUUUUGAAGCACUUGCUAUCGAUAGCAGGAACACCCAUUCUAGUAAAAAACAAGAAUCAAAUGAAGGCGGUUCCCCUCCUGGUGAUUACUCACAGAUAAUACCCGUAAAACAAACUGGUGGAAAACAUACUGGUCCUCCAUUCUUACCACCUCAAUUACUACAAAUCAUUCUCAAUAAAGAUACACCAGCACACGUGGAGCCAUCUUUAUUACCAGAGCCUAAUCAUGUCAUGUUGAAUCAUUUGUAUGCCUUGUCUAUAAAGGAUGGCGUCAUGGUUUUAAGUGCUACUCACAGAUUUAGAAAAAAAUAUGUGACAACCCUACUUUAUAAACCUAUCUAGCGCCUCAUCUAUUAUAGUCUUAUUUUAAAAAAAAAAAUAAUAAAAAAUUAAAUGUGGAAGUACACUCUGAGGAUAUCAGUCAAAAUUUCUCCAUUUUUAAUAUAUUCAUUCAAAAAUAAAAAAAACGCUAAAAGUUUAAAAAAUCUCACAACAUUUUUGAUAUAUUCACUCCUUUAAAAAGAAAAAAAACAAUAAAAAUUUGAAGAAACUUGGACUUGGCAAAUUUUAUCCACUUAGGUUCGGAUUUGUUUAUCAAAAGUCAGGCAUGAUGAAAUAAUUGUUUGAGGAUUUUAAUUGAUAUUCUUAGAGUUUAAUGAUACAAAGUACGGAAGAGAAAUACGAUGAAAGAAUGAUUGUGUGUGUAAAUGUAAUUGGUUUCAUCUCUCGGAUAUUUUGUAAAACAAAAACUUUUAAAAAAAAAUUAAUCUCAGUUUUUAAUUAGAUUGGACAAAGUCCGUAUUUUGAAAUAAGUUUCUAUUCUAAAUGUUGUAAUUGAUGUAUGUCUUUGACUAAAAUUUUCAGGUCAUGUUGUGAAGAAUUUUUUUUUUUUGUAGUUUAUGCUAGAUAGAUUUGAAGUUGACUAGGAGACUGGUUUUAGUUUAGUAUUGGGGUUGUAUGGUUCCAUGUGGGGGUUCUCCAUUUUGAUAAAUUGGGAUGGAAAGUGGUAGCGGGGGUGGGGGCUCCUCACUGAUGUUAUGGAAAUGGCACACCUUGAUGACAAUAUUUGAUUUUUGGACCAGGAUCUGGACCCCAAUCGCCACGCAUCUUGUUAUCCCUAGGAGGGGGUGGUCGAUUGUUUAACGCGUGUGUGUUAGAUCAUAAGGUCUGUCAUUGAGUCAAGUGGUGUAGUUUCGAUUCCCCGCUUGUAUAUGCCAAGGAGUAGAGUCGUCUGUACAUCCUCAUGGGUUUUUUCCGGGUCCCCCGGUUUUCCCCCACAGCGAAUUAUUGAAAUAAAAUUGAACCAUAUGUUAGUCCCGAAAUGACCUAGUUUGUGUCAAGUGGAUGUUAAACCCCAUUUCUCUCUCUCUGUUCUUCAUAGGGGCAACGCUCUUUGAAAAAAGCCUAUGGUUCUGCAAAUUCAAGUCCAAUCGACAUGAAAAUUGCAAUGGUUGUUCCUUGGACAAUUGGGCAUGGAUUGAAACACUACGAUUUUUGAUAUGACGACACAAUUCCAAGAUGGCUUGAUGAAGUUAUUCUUGGUUCUUGGUACAUUGUAACGCUCAUUCUGUUGAAUUUUUAUUCAGAGGGUUUCUCAGGCAUGACAGCAGAUCAGCUGCUGAUAAAUUGUAUUUAGUGGUCCAUGUCCAAUUUCAGAACACGAUUUAACCUUGAUAUAGAUGAAAUCAGUGAACCCACAAUAUUCAAACUAUACGACCUGUAUUGAGCCUCUAGUGUAUUGUAACUUGUAACUACCUUUAGAAAAUUUUUUCUUAUCAUUUAUAAGAUUUCUUUGUUGUUCAAGAAUAUAAUGAUAUUAUUUUUUUGCCAUUUUGUAACAAAACCGCUUUCUAAACCUAUGGUUGUUUGUGAUUUAAUCAUGAAUGACAAUUGUAUAUUCGACUUCAUACGGAAUGAAGUGCGUAGACCUAAAUGUUUAAGAUGUAAAGAUUGUUUUUGGUCGAAUAGUAUAACAAUACUCUCUGCCCUUGUGGUAAAACAAGACUAGAUGAUCAUUAGUCAAGUUUGUAGACCAAUGGAGUUUUCAGUUCAGGCUGUGGAUCAUCAAGUCCCUUUCUAUCAAGAAGGCAAAGACCACUUUACACCUCCAAUUUCUUUCCUGUUGUAUAAUCUCAGAAAUUUGUAACCUGAGAAUUGGUGAUGACCAGGCCUGGAAUGAAGGGACUUAUUGAAGACAUUUUCAGGCAUAAUAUGGAGGGGGUUGGGAUGACCUAGUGUUUAGAGUGUCACGCUUCGAGCUCUAGGCUGUCUGGUCACCUCUGGCUAAUGGUCGUGGUUUCGAUACCAGAUGUGAGCUUAUGUGACUUGGGUUUACUCCGGUUUUCUCCCACUGGAAAGAUAAUGAAAAAAAGACAAUUUGUCUGCGAUAUUGUCCUCGGUGGAAGCAGACAUUAAACACUAAUACAAGAAGAGACAUAAUUCCUCUGGUGCCUGUCAUUUACUCUGGCACAGAAUCGUUGUUUUUUCUGUCUGGAACAAAGUUCAAAAUGUCAGGUACUGAUUCACUGUCAUUCUCAAUAACCCCAAUGGUAUCGUUCUGUUCAACACCACUAACCCCUGCUGGAUCCAUCAACAGGGUUUUCACGAAUUCAAAUUAUCUGCCCUUGAUAUUAGCUUGAUUCUUCGAACCUAUCAAAAAACAUUUUGCAUACCAGUCUUAGUGCGAUUGUUUAAGUUCACCAUAUCUUAGUUACAAUAAAAUGCGAGUUACUUCCCUUCGCCCACUUGAUUGGUCGAUAAAAAUAGAAGUAUCAGGGGCAGAUAAUUUGAUUGUUGACCCAGAGGUUAGUGAUGAUGUAGAAUGGAAGAUACCACUGGGGAUACGGAGAGUAGUUCACUGCCGGUUGGGCAAAACUAAACUCGAUUCUUCUGGGCUGGUGAUGAUCAAGUAACUUAGUUAAUAUUUGAAAUAUUACAAGUCGUUGGAUUUUUUUUUUUUUGAUAAGUGUCUGAAAGUUGAUAUCACUGAAGCACCAUAAGCUGAAAUAUUGGAUUAGGGUUUUUUUUGAUAGUGUCAGAAAGUUUAUAUCACUGAAGCACCAGAAGCAGAAAUACUAAGACUGUUCAAUUUUUACUUUACAAUUGCCAAAUGUAGUUAAUAAUAGUAGAAAGUCAUUAGGAGGAAUAAAUAUGUUUUUAUUAAGUGUAUCUUCAUAUAAUUCUGAUUAAUCUUGAUUGAAAUUUGGUAGAAAUGAUUGAAAUUUAUUUAAAAUUGUUUGAUAUGACUGAAAUUAUGAUUGAAAUGAUUCAAAUUUGAUUGAAAUGCUUCAAAUUUGAUUGAGAUGCUUUGAUAUGAUUGAAAUUUGAUAGAAAUGAUUGAAAUUUGAUAGAAAUGAUUAAAAUUUGAUCAAAAUGUUUUUAAAUUUGAUAAAUAUGUUUCAAAUUUGAUAAAUAUGUUUCAAAUUUGAUAAAUAUGUUUCAAAUUUGAUUGAAAUUUGAUAGAAAGAAUUGUAAUUAUGCAUAUUUGAUAUGAUUGUAUCUUCCGUCUUGAUUUCAAUUUGAAAGUACAAGUAAUUUAUGGAUAAUUCAUCAAUGAAAUUAGGACGUUCGAUUUUCUGUUUAUUUUCCAAAUUUAACAAAUAGCAUGUGAUAAGUGUUUUUUAAUUUCAGAUAAUUAUCUAAAUUGCGAUUGACAUUAUUUGUUUGAACUUUUUAAAUAUUUGUUAAAUGUUGGAUGUUUAAAAUAUAAAAUAUAGUGCUAUUAUAAUUAAUUCUCAUAAAAAUAAAACAAUAAUGAGUUCUCACCAUUUAUUUCAUCUCAUAAAACAAUAAUAUAAAUGACUUCUGGAUGUGAUGAAAGUUGAUGUGGGAGACUUGAUAUCUUUCUAAGUUUAGCAUUAUCUGUUCAUAAAACCCUAAAUGAUAAUAAUAAUGAGGAUGGCCGAGAUUUUAAUGGAUUAGAACACCGUCAAGAUUUAAAACUUUAACGAUAAAAUGGACAAUCAAGACUACAUCUUGAUUGUCAAGUACCAUUGCUAAGAUAAACAAUCUUCGCUACAUUUUCAAACAAUUUUCAAAAUAAUUUAAAUAAAACUUUCAAUAUAUUCCUUUUUCAUUAUCAAUUUUUGAACUAUUAUAGCAAGAGCUGACACUUCUUUAUCUAACUCUUACAUAAUGCAUCUUUGAUAUAAUGUACUUUGAAAGAUACCAAGCCAGGAGUUGAAGAAAUGUUCGCUUUAAAUUUGUGCUAGUUAGUAAGCUAUUAACGCUGUCAAAAUAUAGUUUAUGAAAGAAAUUGUGUGUAAUAAUUUGAAAACUAUGUAAAUAUUGUAAAAUAUUGUUUAUAAUCUAUAUAUACUAGUGGAAUGUGUUUUGUAUAGAAUUGAUCAUACUUAAUGUCUCUUGUCAUAAUACUACAGCUAAAAUAUCAUCAUAUUUAUUAUAAUGUACCUACGUAUAAAAACAUGUAGGUAUCUAAAAAUGGAGUAGGUCAAUAUCAAUGGGUUGUUUUCGUGCUGGUUGAGGUAGAGGUCAUUUCAACGUGUGAAAUGUAUCAUUCCCCCCUAACACCAUGUGGUGUCUUACCUGGGCAUGGGAGCAGGCCAAUAUAAAUGGGUUCUUGGUUAGAGUUACCUUCCCCUAGUCAAAACCUUUUCAACUAAACCCUGUGUUGUCUUUAACUCAGGGUAAAACAAUAUCAGUGGGUUGUUUACUUUCAGCCUGGUUGGCAUGGAGAUCGUGCGGGUUACAGAGAUAAGAUUGGUUUGGGGAGGGGUAGAAGCGAUCAUAGCAGUUAGGGAGGUCAUUUAAUCGAUUUUCAUGUGGUGUCCAACUCCGCAUGUUGGAAUCUCUAACCUGCCCAACCCGUCUGAAAAUAAACUCUCCCGUGGCAGGGCUCUUAUUUGGAUGAUUUAGAGUUGUCAGUAUCUGACUUGCAUUAACAUUGUCCAGCCAAUACAUCUACCCAUUAUCAGUCAAUUUGCAUCUAAUAGUGGCACUUUAAUUACUUUGAGAUAAAGUUAAAGAGUUGUUUAGGAGUUUUUAAAAACAUAUCCACAAUUCUUUGGAAGCAUAAAUGACAAAGCAAUUAAACUAGGAAAGUGGUGUUGUCUUUAAAUAAGAUUUGUUUUUUAACAAUACACCCCACUUUUUUUUACGAAACAUUAAUGACAAAAUUAUUAAUUCUAUAUAUAAUGCAGGGAUCUUAAUUGGCUAAUUAUAGUCGGCUUCAGUCAAUUGAUUAAAUGAUUGAUAAAAAAAAAAGAACUGGCCACUAUGGUAUCAUAAAUCAAUCUCCUUUCAGCUGAAUUCUACUAUAAUGCAUAGAAAUAUUUGUCCAAAUUAGUCUGAGCCAGAAUACCAUUUAUCCUGUUAAAAAAAGGCUGUUCAGUUAGCGGGCAACCCAUUGCUUAGUGUUAUUUAUUUACAAACAACGGAAAAUUUUGUCAGGUUGUUGCAUGUUUUGAAAACUAGAAACAAUGAUGUUAUGUUGUUAGCUAUGAUUAUUUUUAAACCUAUGAUUUUGUUUUCAAGACAGACUUGUCAAUCAAAUAAUAUAGUAUGUAAAUAUGUAAUAACAUAAAAUAGAAUUUUAUAUAAAUAAUUAUAAUGUUAAAAUUGGGUCAAUACAAUCAGAUUAAAAUACAGAUCAUAUCA